AUGGCUAACAAGAAAGAAAGGAAAGGGUUGCCAGUCCUACUCACCCUUACUGUUGCUGCGCUGCAGGUGGUGCACCACUGGACCGGGCCCGUGUCCGUGGCUCUGUACGCGGCGGGCGACGAGUGGCCUCUGGUGCAGGCGUACGUGCGCUUCCUGCGGCGGUGCUACGUCCCCGUGCGGGACCGAGUCACCUUCCACGCCGCCUUCCCCGCGGACCGCAUGCCCGAGGCGGCGGCGCAGCCCGAGCAGAUGACGGAGAUCCUGAGCCUGGAGGCGCACCUGGACUGCUUCCGACCCGAGCCCAGCCUCAAGGAGCUCAUGCGGCAGAGGAGGCCGGAGACCAUGCGGUGGCGGACGAGACACGGCUAUCCGCAGAACCACCUGCGCAACCUGGCGAGGAGAACCUGUCAGACGGAGUACGUGUUCCUGGUGGACGUGGACGUCGUGCCCAGCCUAGGGCUCGCGCAGGGACUCAACGAGUUCCUCAAGAACGCCCAGUGCGGGGGCGCCUCGGCGGCCGCACCCCCGGCCGUGCUGCCGAGGCCGCCGCGCACGGGCGCGGGCCCGCGCGUCGGCCAGCGGCCUGGGCCGCCGCAGUGCGCCUUCGUCAUCCCCACGUACGAGCUCGACGAGCGCGUGCGCUUCCCGCGCAACAAGAGCGACCUGGUGCGGCUCGCCGGCAAGGGGCUGGCCAGGCCCUUCCACCACAAGGUAUUCAUCUACAACCAGUUUGCAACCAACUUCAGUCGGUGGCAGAACGAGGGCGACGCGGACAACGCGCCAGUACACGUCGCGUACAACGUGACAAACUUCGAGUUCCUCUACGAGCCGUUCUACGUCGCGAGGGACACGAUACCCGCCCACGACGAGCGGUUCAUGGGCUACGGCUACACGAGGAACACGCAGGUGUACGAGAUGUUCGUGGCGGGGGUGCAGUUCCAGGUGCUGUCGCCGGCCUUCACGGUGCACUGGGGGCUGCAGAGCAAGCAGGCCCGCCCGGCUUGGAGGGAGCUGCAGAACAACGAAAACCGACGGCACUUCGACCUGUUCAAAAGGGAGGUGGCGGUUCGAUACAGGCGGGAUCCUUUGAGUAUGGUCCAGCCGAACCGUGCUUCUGGCAAAACCUAGACCCUCAGGUCGAGGAGGCUCUAAUCCAGUCCCACGUCAUCGGUGACCUAGUGCGGCGUAUCACGGGCGUCGACACCAGGACCUUCUUCCUCACUCCCACCAAGUUCAUCACUAUCGCCCUAUCGCCUCUGAACUAAGAUAACUAGGGGAGACUGGCCUGGCACCUGAGUCAAGCGCAGUCGGGAAACUGGUGGGUUUCUUCUAGCCAGCGGCAACGUCUUUCUGUCUCGCUCGCAUUUCACCCACUACACGAGACAGAAUACAUAUUAAUGAUCUAGAGCUCACCAGUUCCCCUUCCUUGCAUUGUUCCAAACGUGCGAAUCACUAUACCUGACGACGGACACAUGUGUAAAGUAUUCCAGCAUUAUUUCGAUGUAUAUUCUCAUAGGGUCAGUGAUGAAUUUCUUCUCACGAGUAGUCCUAGUUGAUCCGCGUGCACGCAAAAGCCGCGAAUGAAUGUACCUUACCGACUUACGGUUUUAAAAGAAAGUGUUACAUAGACGGUAUUCGCAGGAUCGUCUCAUGAUUUAUUUCAGACUUUUCUGAUGAACUGACCAAAAAUAAAAACAAGUUUCAAUUAGAUGUUUAAAAAGCCAAGAUGCCCAGGCCCUUAAAAGUCCUGUCUGAUUUCUGCUUGAACAGUGUGCUUUCUUAGAUGUAUCUGAUUUUUACACCAAACAAUCUGAAUAGCAGUAAGUAGCUAACUGAUGUGAUCAACAUGAUUUGAGAGCGGUUCUUUAAUUUUUUGUGAUUCUGUAUGAAGUUUUAGUGAGUGCUUCUACACUAUAUUAAGAAAACACAUUAUUGUGUUCGACUGCUUCAAUUUCACUCCAAGGAGUUGUACAGUGUAAUUUAUAGUAGUUACCUUGAUCAAUGGGUCAUGUGAUACACAUAAAUAUGUAUAUUAUUGUUAUAUUUCUUUAAAUCUAUGUCUAUGGGAAGCAAGUGCCUGAAGCCCUGAGUUCCUAAAUAUUGUUGCCUUGCAUUCCUAGGUUGUGUGUUUGAGGGGCACUUGUCUCAGAUAUAUUUGAAACGAAGACAUACAACAGUCUUUAAGAAUGAGAAGGACUUUGCAUUGCAUUUUAACUUUGAAGUAAGAAAAUUUUUGUGAAUUCUAGUGUUCCUUAUUGAGAAGCAAGAUGAGUGCUCCAAAUCCUGGAAAUAUUGUGAAAUACCUAACAUCAUAACAUAUUGCAUAUUUUCCUAUUUUAUGUUUUAAUCAAGAACCAAUAUUUUUGGUGUUUAGAUGUGUGUUUGGUAGUUCAUGUGAUGAUACAUAAAUAGUUGAUCUAACCUCUGAGAGAAUUACAAGAGAGAAGGUGAAUCUGAAGACAGCCGCCAAGGCCACAGUGACACUUGGAAUUACCUGUCUGAUAACAAGAAUACAUUUCAGAGGCAAGAAACCUAAAACCAAAUUGUGUGAUGGCAGUGUUUGCACCAUCAAAGGUUAUAAAUUGUGGUUAUAACUUAAAUAAAUGAAAAUUUUGACAAAAA